AUGGAGAAGAAGCGAAGUGCUCUCCGGGGUAGCGGAGAAUGUGUUUAUAUGGAUGUUUUGCGCGGUGACUCGUGGAGUACGGACGUGUGUUCGCCGAAUUCCUGUAGUUGUUCUGGUUUGAAUAAAACCUUCGUGUUUUGUAAAAGAGUGUUAAAUCAUUUCAAGCGCGGCUUCUUAGCAUAUCGCUCGAGUGCGGAAUCGCGGGAGCGUCCACAUGAAGCUAUUCUUUUAUUGCUAGAAGAAUACAAUUUAAGCCAAAAUGACAUUGUGACGGGAAAAAUAUCUCAAAAAAAUAUAUCUCUUCCACAAUUUUUUGUGGAAAUGGUGAAGCAUGAGUAUAAAAUUACAGAAAAAAUGUCUCAUAUAGAAAAAUUAAUAGAAGACUUCAAAGAAGAAAGAAAGAUAACCGAAGAAGCCCUUGAAAAGAGACACUAAAAAGAUACUAAAGAGAAUAUGGAAAUACGUUUGAGAUUUCUUGAUUCAUUAGAAAAAAUGGUAAACGUUUUAGUAAAGAAGUAA